AGUUUCCACUAACGCUUGGUUGAUGUGCCUCACGGACCUGUAUUUCUUGUUACUUACCCAUUAUCUGAUCGUUUGAAGACAACUUCUUCGAUGCAAAAGAGCUGCCUGAACACCGUGUACUAGAGUACAACUCCGAUGUGAGCAGUGUUUAACCACGAGUACGAGAUGACGAGUACUGUACUCUCUUUUGUGCUGUUAAGAAAUCCGAAUCCACCUCAUCACCAGGAGGUCAAAGCAAAUUUAUUGCAUCCGGUUGUUCUACUAGGAUCUUUAUUCGAGGAUAUCAAAUGUAGGGCGUUGUAACUACUUCAUGGCAGAAACAAGGAGGCCCGCCUCGACGUCCCCAGAAGCGGAAGAGGAAGUUAGCGGAUCGCAGGAGGACGAGCAGCAGGCCAGGAGCAGAACGCAUGAACGGAGUGGAGCAGAGACGCAGAACUAUAGCUCGAGCGUUGUUCUGUCCGGAGAGGACGAGGUGCUCCCCGAGGAAGAAGAUCCGUCACAGGGAGGUAAUGUUAAUGUUUCUGGAACAAAUCAAAACAAGUGCCGGUUUUGUCUCUCUGGCGAGGAGGAUGGGGAGUUGUUCACGCCCUGCGGCUAUCAAAUGUAAAAAUGUCUGGGUCUGGAAGAAUGCAUGUUUGUCAUACUUGUCUGGCAUGACUAUUAAAUCUGUCAUGCACGUUGCCCAAGAGCCGCAUUUUUCUGCCAUGCGGAGACGCAAUUUGUCAUGCAGAAUAGGCAACACCUACAAGCUCAGAAAUUUGUCAUGCUGAGCCAGCACUUGUGGCCUCUUCAUGCUACGCCACUCAGCAUCACAAGUUUCCAGAUCCAGACAUUUUUGCAGUUGAUAGCGGCUGCCUCGGAAGCAGCAAGUACGUGCACCUGCACUGUCUCCGCGCGUGGCAGCGCACGGUCCAGCUCCAGAUGCGCGACGACGGGCCGGCCGCGGGUCGUGCAGAAGGCCGGGGAGGGGGCAACGCUGCGGCCGGGGAGAGGGAAAACGAAAAUGACGCGAACAUCAAUGUGGGGCCAGGAACUACUCCUGGAGAGGAGCCACGACCCCGGGAACAAGAGGUAGAAGAGCAGAACAAGGAACAGCGGCACGAGAGAUGCUCGCUCUGUCUGCAAAAGUUUCAGCCCGGAUUUGAGCCCCUGUCGCGGUCUAUCAAAUGCAAAUAUGUCUGGGUCUGGAAGAAUGCAAAACUUGUCAUGCGAAUUUUACGUGACCCACACCCAUGACGCCUGUAAUGCAUAAUAUAGCAUCGCAGAUUUUUAGAGGGCUUCCUGAUCCCUAUUGCGUAUGAGAAACAAAUGCCCUCUCAAUGUAGCACAAACUGGACCCCUCUUGCUGGGUAUGCAAUACAGAUUUUUUGAGAGUGAAGAGACACCAUCACAAGUUGCAUCCUUCCAGACCCAGACAUAUUUGCAAUGCAUACGGUCGGAGUUUCUGCAAGACCUGUGUAAGAAAACAGAGCAGGACUUCGACAUCGGGACGCUGUUCGUACACGAGCGGGAGCGGGGUAGGAAUUUGAGGCUGCAGUCAUUGCCGUUCAUGCUGCGGGUCAUUGUGGAAAUGAAGCACCAGCACUUCCGGAACGCGUGUUACCUAUUAGUUAUCAAAUGUAAAAAUGUCUGGGUCUGGAAGAAUGCAACUUGUCAUGCUAAAUCUGAAGCAUGUAAAAAUCUGUGUUGGAUGUGCAUGAUUACCAAAAGUCGCCCAGUUUUGACCAAGUCGGGAGGGAGUUUCUCACGCAGGAUAGGCAUGAGAAAGAUCGCACAGAAUCUGUCAUGCUAGGUCCUGCAUUCCAGACCUCAUGGGUCAUGGAAAAUCUGCAUGACAAAUCUCACAUUCUUCCAGACCCAGACAUUUUUACACUUGAUAUUAGUGGAUGAGGAGCAAAAUGAGGCGGAAAGCAGUACGCCCGUGGGGACAAAAACUACCACGAUUGGGAACAACGUCGAUAAAACUAGUGAACGCGCGAAGCGAAAGGUGAUCGGUUUUAACUUGGUACGCCCGAUCUCCCUGACGCCGGACGAAUUAUCCUGAGAAAGAAGUGUCACAGUUCAGUUGCGCACUCUGACCGAAGACAAGCAAGACAGACAACCUAUGUCAUGCAGGAAAUGCUUGCCAGCCUGCCUCAUUUCAUUCUUGUUUUCGCUUAUAGUCUCCUGCGCAUCACAGGUUUUCUUUGCCAUGUCGAGCAACUUUGUGAUGCAGAAACUCCAACAGGUGUGUAACUGUAACACUUUGUUCCUGUGAUACGAAUGGAACCUGAAAUACUCGUCGCUCCGGGACUUCAUCAGCGAAAAACCCAGCAUCAAGGUCUACGUGCUGGCUAUCGCAAGAAAAAACUGUUUCACUGUGAAUUUGUGAUGCAGAAAAUGGAACACAGAACUCUUUGCCUUGCUACACCUGCAAGGCGUUGGAUUUUCAAGCGGGUUUUCCCUUGGGAAGCGCGCAUGACAAAUUUUCAGUGUCAUGCGUAGAAAAUUGUGAUGCAGAUCCUGCAAAGUCAUCACAGUGAACCAGUUUUUUCGUGGGAUACUGGCCGGCGGCCCCUGCCAUCCACGGGCCGCGAAGGGACUGGCUGUUUUAGACCGGGAAUUGCUGCAGGCUGAGUUCAACAAGUUUGGUCUACAUGGUGCGGGCGGGGGACGAGGAGAGAACUCCACCUCGUCCUUUCGGCAACAAAUCGUGCUGAAACAGUUAUUGGACUAUUUUGUAGUCGAUAAUAUAGGUCCUGUUCCACCUGCACCGGCGGAGCAGGGAGUAGGAGUGGAGAAGAUACGCAUUGGAAAUUUUUUUUAUAUAUAUGUCUGGGUUUGUUUUGUGUGGAAUAUUGCAAGACACUUCUAAAAUUGCUGGGCUCGUCGCAGGACCACACUGGAUUCUGUGAUGCGUGUUUCUGCGCAUGAUCCGCAUGAGAGCAUGAAAAUUUUCCAGACCCAAACAUAGAAUUUGCGUUCGAUAGAAAAAAGAUGCUGCUCCAGCUAGUAGUUCUACGUCUUCGAGCGCUUCCACUCGCGGCGAGGCGGGCGGUGAACAAAGCUGCAGCUCCGAAACAAGAACUGUAAAAAUAUCUUCCUCGCCGUCCUUGUGUACUUCAACUUCUAAGGAAGAACCCACGUCGUCGUCGUCGUUGUGGUCCUCCACCCACGGCCCGCGCGGUUGGAUCCCGUGCAAGGCCAUUGCCGCAAUCACAGAAGCAGCAGGGCGGGAGCGAGGUUUUCCAUCUCCAGAGGAGAUACAUGAAAAGAUGAAUCAACAGGAUGAACUAAUUGUACAACCACCUCAAGAAUUGAUUCCUGCAAGGAACAACUACAGCGAGGAUGAAACUAGAAACGAAGCAGCAGGGAAGGAGGUGAAAACGAGGAUAUUAAGCGAGCGCGAAGUUUUCCAUCUCCGCGUAGUCGAAGUGGACUUCACUAAAAAUCGGCUACUAGUCUACGCCACCGACUUUCACCACUUCAUGAACCUGCACGGCCUGCGCAACAGCGUGCGUGACUAUCUCGCGCUAGUCUUGGGACAGGCGGAGUGGGACAGCACCCAACUAUUGGGAGAGUAUUGCAAGGGAAACUGGGGUCUACUACAACAACACCCGAUAGAAUUACGUCGAAACAGCACGAAUGAUGGUAAUGGCGAAGCAGAGGGACGCGAGCGUGUCGUGGCUGCUGCUGUGAAGAGUACUACAGAAAAGACAUUCCGCAGAAACGACUGCAACUUUUUCCGGAACAAUCUGAAUACCAUCCUGCCUGCGAACGUGUUUGACGCACUGGAGCCAAAGUCUCGGUUCACGGAGGCAAACGAGAUGCAGGCACAGCAUGCCAGGGACCGCCAACUGGGGCAGACUAUGGGGGAGAACGCAGAGGCAGUACCGUAUGAAGACCCGGGAAUCAUGCGGAUGGCGAGACAGCUGGAACAGCAAGUCAGAAAUCGGGCGCCGGACUAGACUUGUGAAUGUAUUAUUAAAUAGUUCUAACACAUCGCUCACGAUCAUCUGGAAUUUUGAACCGCCGAUGAAAUAAGAACCCGGAAGAACAAGAAGAUCAUGCUGCUAGUUCUUCAUUGCGCGGACAUAUUUUCAGGUAGUAGCCAAGAAGAUCGAAGAUGCGCGGGACCACGGACGAGUGUCAGCACCAAACUGGAACAAAUCCGCAUGAUUUCAUCUAUUGUGACGUUGAGUUCUUGUUGCAAGAU